UUAUGCUGAGUUAGGCGUUACCAUUCCUAAAUCGGGCGGGGAUUAUUCCUACGUCACUGAGAUUUUUGGUGAACUAGCUGGGUUUUUACUGCUAUGGAGUGCAGUGCUUAUAAUGUAUCCCACCAGCCUGGCUGUUAUUGCUCUGACUUUUUCAAACUAUGUCCUACAGCCAGUGUUUCCUAAUUGCAUCCCUCCCUACAACGCCUCCAGAAUCCUCUCCAUGGUGUGUUUAUCACUCUUGACUUGGGUGAACAGCUCCAGCGUCCGAUGGGCUACACGGAUCCAGGAUAUAUUUACUGCAGGAAAACUACUGGCCUUAGGCCUUAUCAUUAUUGUGGGUUUCAUACAGAUCUUCAAAGGAAACUAUGAAGAACUGCUGCCAAGCAAUGCCUUCAAUUUCUGGAUGACCCCAUCGGUGGGGCAUUUGGCAUUAGCCUUUCUCCAAGGCUCCUUUGCAUUCAGUGGGUGGAACUUCCUCAAUUAUGUAACAGAAGAAUUAGUUGAUCCUCGCAGGAAUCUACCUUGUGCCAUAUUCAUAUCCAUCCCGCUGGUGACAUUUGUGUAUACAUUCACCAACAUUGCAUAUUUUACUGCCAUGUCGCCCCAAGAGCUCUUAUCGUCUAAUGCUGUUGCAGUAACGUUUGGUGAAAAGUUAUUGGGCUAUUUUUCCUGGGUUAUGCCUGUCUCUGUGGCACUGUCUACAUUUGGAGGAAUAAAUGGAUACCUUUUUACCUCAUCAAGGUUGUGUUUUUCUGGAGCCCGUGAAGGCCAUUUGCCCAGUUUAUUGGCUAUGAUUCACGUCAAACAUUGCACCCCAAUUCCAGCGCUUCUUGUUUGUUGUCUGGCUACUGUUGUCAUCAUGCUGGUUGGAGACACCUACACAUUAAUCAAUUAUGUAUCCUUCAUUAACUACCUCUGCUAUGGAGUGACAAUCAUAGGCUUGAUUGUGUUACGCUGGAAGAAACCCAGUCUUUUCAGACCUAUCAAGGUAAAUCUCCUGGUUCCAAUCACUUACCUGAUAUUUUGGGCCUUUCUCUUGAUCUUCAGUUUAUAUUCUGAGCCGGUAGUCUGUGGAAUUGGACUGAUUAUCAUGCUAACUGGAGUGCCAGUGUUUUUUCUUGGAGUAUACUGGAAAAACAAACCAAAAAUCCUUGACAUAUUGGGGCCAGAAGGUGUGUUUUGUUGUCUACCCUCAGGGGGGAUCCCCAGAUGAAGAUGAUCUACCUUUCUCUCCUCUGCCUCUUCCAGGAAGUGAAAGGACCUUGAAGAAAUAAUGAUAUAUUUUACACACGAGAAGUAGAUUUUUACUGUUGCUGUUUACAUGAUUUUCUUUUGGAAAAGAAGGAAAAAAUCCUGAAAAUAUUUUUCUUGUUUUUUAGAAUUCCCAUAGUAAAAAACAUAAAUGAGACACACCAUUUUGACAGCUCUUAGCACUUAGUUCUUUUUCCUAAAAAGAAAAAAAAAAGGGGGGGGAGUAAAAUAAAAUAAUAUGUUGUUUUCUUUCUGAUAAUGUGGUGAUGCAUUUUAAAGGCAGAUAUAUGUAUGGGUAAUUCAU